AUGGCAUUGGCAAGAAACCACAAAUCAACAAAGAACGAAGACAGAUCGAGAGGAAAUCCACGAGGAUGUUCUUUGGCGUUACUUCAAUUACAGAAGGGUUCCAUCGCUAUUUCCGCUGCAGAAGGUCAGGUUUCUAGUAGUGCUCUCUCAUAUCCACCACUGGUGUUCACCACCCUAUCCGUCGACCAUGUUUCCCACGUAUCAGACACCAUAACUCCUCACACUUUGUUCCAAAAUCCUACCAUCACGUCUCUCUCAUCUACCGUCGAUAACAAACCCACAAAAAUCCAAUCUGGAAAAUCAAACUCAACAAAAAGUAUUUAUGUAUUUAAGAAUUCAUCAUCUACAAUCACUAAUUCAAGGAAGAACACGAUGGAAAUCGAACCUGUCUUGUCUGAUUCGAGUGUCUGCUUCAUCUCCUCCUUCUUUCACGAUCUUUGUCAAUAUGCUUCGAGAUUUUUGUGGUUCAGUGAAUGGGCGUUGAAGGAAGAACACGAUGGAAAGACAACCAUCAUCGGAAGUUGGUGGCAGGGAGCAAUAGCUGGUGGUGGCCAACGAUGGUAG